AUGGGGAAGAGCACGCAUCCAAAGAAGAAGAAGAAGGUCGUGCCAAAGAAGAAGCCAGCCAGCAAAACACAGAAAGAUAAGACGGAGAAGUUGCAGGCAGACCUACCAAAUCUUCCUCUGCCUCUAACCACGACAACUCCAUUCGAUGGGAAGAAGUUCAUGGCGCAGCUUCUGGAGUAUUUGCCUGAGCAGCGUCCUGAAGCACGUUCCGAGCUUCGUUGGGGGUCAGGCUUCGAUGGCUUGGAUACGAUCACGCAGGCGCUCUCUUGCCUUGAGGUGCAGCACGAGCACGCCUUCGGGGCUGAGAUUUCGAAAACGGCGGCCACAUGGGUGCUAAAGCGAGCUGGGCCCAAACAUCUGUUUCAGGACGUGAUGCACACAAGCAGAUCAUCGGCAUACUGCCUGACUCAUGGUCAGAAGUGCAAGGUGCCAGGCAGUGACCUGCAGCUUUACGCUGCCGGUAACAGCUGCAAAUCGAAUAGCAUUCGCAAUCCGAAGCGAUGGACCGACAAUCCCAUGCAGGGUGAGUCCGGCUCGACCUUUUCCAUGACGGUUGAUGUGUUGGUCAAAUGGCAGCCACGUUUUUUCUUGAUCGAGAAUGUGGUUGGAGCAAGGCCAGAAAGAUAUGUGUUUCAACUUGUGCGGCCAUGCAAAGUCGGAAGCGCUGCAGACUCGCAGGACAAGAAAUCGCCGUUGGAGAUCUACCUGGAGACCCUGAGAAGCCGCUUGCCAGGCUACGACAUUGAGUGGGUGGAGGUUGGCGGGCACCCACUUCCUGAGCGGCGUGAACGGUUAUGGAUCUUAGGCUCCCGGGACCCUGAGUUUGGUGGCAAGGCUUGGACUGACAAGGUUCGCGAGCUGGAGUUGAAAUGCGUGACCAGUUUGCCAAUUGUGCAUUUGAGCACAAUGUUCGAGAAAGGCGGCGAUGCCCAGCCGCCGCCGCCAGCAGCCGAUCCAUCAUGGAAAGAUGAGGCCACUUACCACUCGACGUUUGCCAAGAUGAUGUCCAGGAGCAUCGAACAGAAGAAGGUCACAAAGGAUGCGCAUAUCAAGCCACUAAAAGAACGUGCCUCUCAGGUCAUGCCUGCCCUCGGCAGGUUCACUGCUUGGCAAAAAGCCAACGUUGACGCGUUGGAAGUGAUCUUGAACCAGACCGCGACCCGUGUUCCCAAAAGCUUCCCGCUGUUGCCGAUUGCCGACAUCUCCCAGAGCACGGCCUUCGCGAGAACAUCGGUUGUUGGCACAUGGAGCACACUUACCACAGCGACGAUGAUCCUGAAUUUUCAGACCGGCAAGAUUGAACCCCCACGCUCACAUUUCCAAAUGCUCGGAUGGCCAGCCGACGUCGAGUUAAAAGGAUUCUCGGAUCCAGAACUCUAUGACAUGUGCGGCAAUGCCAUGUCAGUGGCAGCAGUGUGCAAAGUGCUAGCACCAGUUCUUCGUCACUUGAAGUGUUUUUAG